AUGCUUGACGACUACCUCACCGCAUUCCCCGUCCUCCCUGGGAGCACCUUCAACACCUCAAACCUCAUCUUUCCCGUCGUUCACUAUGGCAUCUUUCACUCCACUUCUUCGCCAAACUCUACCUUGGUGGGGCCAAAGCUGCAAUCCCUCGAGCUGGCUUCCACCAACGCCACAUUCGCCCUCUUCCUGGCCCAGACGAUGCUCAUCAUCGCCUUGUGCACCUUGUUGGGAUACGCGUUUCAGUUUGUCGGCCAGCCAAAGGUGGUGGGUGAACUGCUGGCAGGAGUGUGCUUGGGUCCUACGGUGCUUGGAAACAUUCCGCGCUUCACCGACACGAUCAUGUCGUCAGCAUCGUCGGGCAUGCUGACCCUCACAUCCAACAUCGGUCUCAUCAUCUUUAUGCUGCUCGUCGGGUUGGAGACGGACGUGGACCUGAUAGUGCGCUAUGCCAGACAGGUAGCCCUCAUAGCUUUGCCCGGCAUGGCCAUCCCCUUCGGCAUAGCAGCAGGCGUAUCCAAGCUCAUCUACGACGUGGAAGGCGGAACAUCUGCCACUUUCACCACCUUUAUGCUGUUCUUGGCCACCACCAUGGCUGUCACAUCUCUCAGCGUUCUCAGUCGAGUGGUGGCCGAGCUCAAACUGCUCAGCACUACAUUGGGAAGCGUCGUCAUAGCAGCUGGUGCGCUCAACGAUCUCAUAGGCUACGUCCUCCUCGCUCUGGGAUCGGCCCUCGCAGCCGGCGGGUCGGGCUCUUCGCGCAUCGACGCCCUCUAUCAGCUGCUCAUCGGCGUAGCGCUCGCCGUCUUCCUGUGGUUCGUCGUGCGCCCAUUCACAUUCUUCUGGAUACGACAUUCGCACUUUUCUCUGGAUGGACCCACCUCGGGUUCGGAGAACAAGGUGCCCAACAGUCUCUUGACCUUUGUCAUUGUCGGAUCUCUCAUCAGCUCCUUUGUCACCCAGAUCGCUGGCCUGCAUCCCAUCCUUGGCGCGCUCAUCUUUGGCAUUGCCAUUCCGCAUCAAGCCCUUGCGGUGCGAGUAACGGAGAGCGUGGAAGCGAUCGCCAAUGGCGUGCUUCUUCCCCUCUAUUUCGCGACGAGCGCAGGCCAAGUGAACUUCAAGCUGCUCAACGACGGCAAGACGUGGGGCUUGACGAUUCUGAUGGUCGUGGCCACGUUUGCGUCCAAAUUCCUCACCACGUCUGCAUUCACUCGCGUGGCGGGCUUUUCGUGGCGAGAGUCGAUGUUCGUAGCUAGCUUGGCCCAGAGCAAGGGCAUCAUCGAGCUCGUCAUCCUCACAGUGGGCUUGCAGAUUGGCGUCAUCAGCCCUCGUGUCUACGCCAUGAUCUUUUUCGCUUGCCUCGCCACUACCGUCACCGUGCGUCCCCUUUCUCUGUACAUCUAUGGCGAUCCGAGGAGCAGAGCAGGAGGUACAGAUGCAAAGGAAACUUUGGGCGAUGCAUCCGAUCUCGGCAAGCCUCGAGCGAGCGAGAUGCAAAAGACGGGUGAUGCGCAGAAGCAGCAAAGCUCGUCCGACGAUGCUGAGCAGGACUUUGUCAUUUCGGCCGCCUUGACCUCCACUUCGCCUUCUCUGGACGGCUUGCUGGGACUGGUCUUCACCCUUGGCCAAUGCGUCGAGUCAGCGUCUCAAGCGCAUAGCCGCUCAGGAAAGGUAGCGCUCGACCUGAUUCGCCUGUUGCCGCUCGAGUACACCACUGCCAGCAUCUUGAGAACCUUGACGGCUGGCACUGCGGCGCAGAGCGGAGGAAGGUCGGACCCUUUCUUGGCUUCGGUGCGAUGCUGCACUGCUCUGCAAGGCGUGCCUUCCAGCGACGCCUUGCUGCGCACGAGGACCUUGGCAUCGGCCAAACUGAAGUUGGCAAACACUUGCAACGCCGUCAGCGGAGAUGUCUACACUGUUCCGGAGGAAGACAUGCUGAGCACGCUCGUCGAGGCCAAUAGGCAUGCGCAGCAGUGCUUAGCGACCUCUAGAGGCUCGAAACUUGGCGCGUCGGGCGAAUUGGGACAUGGACUUGUUCUGUUGCCGUGGGAGCAAACAUUGUCGGAGCAUGCUCACGACAGCCAUCGACCUUCUGUCUUUCCUUCUUCGGAGUCGAAAUCCGGAUGGUUUAGUGCCCUGGCCGCUGCGGCUCACAUUGGGAGUACGAAGCAGCACGAUGACGAGGAUGAGGAGGAGGAAGAUGAAGAUCGCGAAAGGAGCUUUUGGAGAUUGGACGCUGGAGCUGAUGGGCUACCUUCUCGCCUCUUCAGAGAGGUAAAGCAGAGCUCGGGCAUCUUGAUCGGGCCUCACGCGAUGGAAUGCCUGCCCCGGGCCGAUCGGACUCCUUCGUCGAGAGGUUCGAUGAGCGCUGAAGCUCAGGGAGCAUUAGCAGCGCUCGAGCUCGACCAGACGAGGAAGCGCGUCGUCGUUCCGUUCUGGGGCGGCAGAGACGAUCGAGCUGCGGUGGCGCUGGCUAGGAAAAUGGCAGCUUCGACAGUACUGGAUGUCGUCGUCAUUGCUGGAUUGAGCAGCGUCACUUCAAAGCAAGCCGACUGGGACUUUGUGAGGCGGCAACGGCAGCAGGAGUCCAUUCACGGAGAAGAAGAAGAAGGAGCAGGUUCACGAAGCGGCGAAGGCUUCCUUUCUAGAGCCGGAGAGUCUGAGGAGGAAGCGGAAAGGACGCACCACCAGACUGUCAAUCUCAAGACGGUCGCUCAACCGGAUGCGGCACGCAAGGACAUUCGCUUCUUGUUCGAGCAGGGCGUGGGCGAGGUGGACACGGAAGGCCACACAGCCGAGCCGAGCAAAGCUGCAGCACCGGAGAUCACGCCCGAAGAGGAGAAGGAAGCUUUUGCGCCCGCAAAGCCUGCGAGAGGUACUGCUCACAGCGGUGCGGCUCGCGCCGAUGACUUUGCGCCCGCGUUUGUGAGAACACAGCGAAUGACCAACGGGAGCACGUUGACGUUUAUACUCUUGGAAGUGGAUCAGCAAAAGCAUUCGGCUGAUUCUGGAUCUGGAUCUGCGUCGGGCACAUCCAUUGCUGCUGUUCUGACCUACGUGCAGACUUGUGUAGUAGGUCGAGGUGGGGGAGGGUGUGGAGGAGGCUCAUCGGACCUGCUGAUCAUCGGACGAGGCAAAGUAUCUCAAAGGCCCUCUUCUUUCAGAAGAGAAGUGGACGAGCUGGUCAGGCAGAAGUUUGCGCAGAGAAGAGCAGAAGAGGCGGCGCAACAGCGACGGCACGAGACGCUUGCUAGGCUUGGUAAAGUGGCGGGAAGCGCUGCUCAGGCUGCUUUGGCUUUUGGAAUCGAGUGCAACGUCCUCGUUUUCCAGGCUCGAAAAGCGUGA